AUGUCUACUUGGGGUUGGCAUAACUUCAGUCUUCCAACCACUGCUGGUCAGACUUCGAUAGAUGACUUUAUGGGCGUGGAUUGGUAUACCCAUGGUCGACUAGUCAACUACAACCAGCCCAACCCAGCACAGAGCGAAAUAUCGAACUGGCUCAUCCAGAAUCCCCAACGUAUCAACUUAGGGACGAUUGGGCUCUGGUUUGACAGAGAUGAUGUGACCGAGGAACUACUAGAAGAUAAGUCUCAGAUACUCGACCUCUGGACGGGAAAAAUCUCAUCUUCUUUUACUUAUAACAAAGCCCCUGUUGAUAUCGAGACAUGGGCAGAUACAAGUUCCGACACAGUCAGCAUUUCCAUAGAGUCGGAACUCUUCUGUACAGAAUCUCUAGGCAUAUUCUUCGACUUUCCUCUACCGACGCGGAACAAGUUUGACGCCCCUUUUGUUGGUGUUUUCAACGCUACCGAUAAACAUAACACUACGCUACAACGCGGAGAAAACAAAGCAGCUAUUCGGCACGAUAUUGAUGACGCUUCGUAUUAUGUUUCGAUUUCGUGGGAUUCUCCUGCUGAAAUUUCCGGGCCGAUUAAGGGGACUCAUCGUUAUGUACUACAUCCAUCACAGGAAACUAAGAGAGUUAAGUUAUCAGUAGCUUUUUCUCUGGUUCCGAGCACACAUAUACCGUCUUUCGGUGAUGUUACGUCUGCAUCUACAUCUUGGUGGGAGUCUUUCUGGAACUCUGGUGCUUUCAUUGAUUUGACGGGAGUCGAUUCUCCCAAUGCUACAGAGUUACAACGGAGAACGAUAUUAUCUCAAUAUCUUACAGCUGUUAACUCGGCUUCCUCAUAUCCGCCACAAGAAUCUGGCUUGGUAAAUAACGGAUGGUAUGGCAAGUUUCAUCUUGAGAUGACACUAUGGCAUCUCCUCCACUUCGCUCGAUGGAAUCAGUUUCCGUUGCUAUGGCGUAGCCUUCCAAAUAUGUAUUCCGAAUACUUGGAUUCGUCAAUCGAGCGAGCGACACUCCAACACUACGACGGUGCUCGCUGGGGUAAGAUGACCGAUCCUACUGGAAGGUCAGCCCCUGGAGAAAUCAACUCGCUGCUUAUCUGGCAGCAGCCUCACCCGAUGUACUUCGCUGAGAUCGAGUACAGGUCUUUCCCCAACGAGACAACAUUAAAAUCCUGGGACAAGAUUCUUACGUCUACCGCCGACUUCAUGGCAUCAUACGCCUUCUUCAAUGAAUCGACUGCCCUCUGCGAUCUAGGACCACCUAUGUACCCGGUCUCAGAGAACACCAACCCAAAUGCGACGAUUAACCCUGCGUUCGAACUAGCUUACUGGCGGUUCGGCUUGGACGUCGCUAUAAAAUGGAAACAAAGACAAAAUCAGACAGCGCCUCGUAAAUGGGUCGACAUACGAAAUAAUCUAGCGCCACUACCUAUCGCAGAUGACGCAUUCGCUGUGUACGAGGGUAUUCCGAACAUGUGGAACGGCACCACUGUCCAAGAUCAUCCGGCAUUGUCUGCAAUAUUCGGCCUGCUCCCCCCGCCGAGUAGCGGGCCGCCUCUAAACAUGACGGUCGUGAAGAACACAGCAGAUAAGAUUCGGGAUCUCUGGGACUUAGAGGACUGCUGGGGUUGGGAUUUUCCGAUGCUGGCUAUGAACUCUCUUCGCCUCGGGGACAUUGAUCAGGCAAUGGCGUAUCUUCUUCACCCCCUUUUCGAAUUCGACGAUGCGGGGUAUCCCGUUGGAGGAUCGCGGGUGCCGACCCCCUAUUUCCCGGGCUCGAGUUCAUUCUUGUUAGCUAUGGCUAUGAUGGCGGGGGGCUGGGACGGUGAACCUGGGGCGCAGUUCCCUAAGGGAUGGAAUGCUCAAGUCGAAGGCGACAUGGACCCAUUCGCGGCAAUUGGCCUCGCGGGCAACAUUAUCGCUUUUGUAGACUUCGGAUUCAAACUAAUUUCCGCGGCCAAGAAUAUCUACGAGUCAAAGUCAGGCGCUAGUGCAGAUAAUGAAGAUUUAUCUUCCAUGACAGGACGGCUCCAACAACUCACUGCCGAGUUGAAAGGGGUCAAGCAAAUUGGUUCUUCUUCGCAGCAGAAUACCGCUCUUUAUGGCAUUGCUACCGAGUGCGAAAUUGCGUCGGUGGAACUCAUGAAGUUGCUCGAUAAGCUGAAGACUAAAGACCCAAACUCUAGGCGACAUGCAUUCAAAGCUGCAGUACGCAACUGGCGGAAGAGUGGCCAAAAGUCCGAGUUGGAAAAGAGAUUAGAUCGUUGUAAACAGCAGCUAGGAUUGGAACUUCUCAGCUCGAUGAAGUAA